AGUUGGAGCAGGAGGAUCCAUCACGGAGCACGUGUGUGAGUGCGUACAUGCCUUUAUCGGUCUUCUUCCUCUGCUGCCUCUGUGUGAGACAAGAGCAAGGACUUUAAACUGUUGAUAAGAAAGUGGGGUAGAAUUACUGAGAUUGGCUCAAUAUAGCUUUAAUCACUUUGUAAUAUCACCUGGGAUGUUUCCUGCAACUGGGCAGACGGGCAGAGGUGGCUUUGCCCAACCCUUUAUGAAAGAUAUGCCCCAGUCCACUUCCACAGAAUUUACAGAAACUCUACCGUGCUUAAACACUUACAAGAAGUAUGGAAAUGAAGAACAACCGAAAGGAUACAGAUCAGAAAUUCAUGCAAAGCCCAAAUGCACAAAUCCUCAAACCCUAAUAGACCGGUAUAUGCAAGGAGAGACUCAUCCGGUGACUUUACUCCAUCAGCUUUCACAGAUUUUACAGUUUCAUUUGGAAAUAAAAGAGACUGGAGGCACAGAAAAUAUACAAGGCUUUUACUUUGCGUUCUGUGUGGUUAUUGAUGGUGUUGAGUACAAAACUGGUGUUGGAAAUACUAAGAAGGACGCCAGAAGUAAUGCUGCAAAGUUGGCUUUGGAAGAUCUGUUACCCACUUUGGGAAAUUAUACCUUAGCCAUUCCAGAGAAAUCAGAUGUUCCUCCACCGCUGCCAGUGAAGGAGGAGCCAAGCUUCUCACAGGUUUCUUGUAGAGCUCUUGGUGAAAGGAAAAACCCUGUCAAUCUGCAGAUCUCUCACGCUGUCAGAGAUCAGCUGACUAAACUGAUGAACAACCAUCCAGAGUUCUCCAACUGUGCUGGAACCACUGCUGCAUUUGUCAUAAAGACUACCAGUGGAUGUGAAGUGGUUGCACUUGGGACUGGAAAUUAUAAUACGAGAAACAACACUUUUUCAAACGGGAGGAUUGUGCAUGAUUCACAUGCAGUGGUGGCUGCAAGAAGGUCGCUUAUGAGGUAUUUGUACAGGCACCUGCUCAUAUUCUUCAGCAAAACGGCCAACUUGACAGAGAAGUCCAUCUUCCAGAUGAAUGGUACCAGUGGUCUUCUGUCUUUGAAGAAUGGCAUUACCCUCCAUCUUUAUGUGAACCAGCUGCCCAAAGGCGCGGCGCAAAUCCCCUCUACACUGCGCCUGAAUCCUUCUUCCAUCGCCAUGUGGCAAGAUAAUAAUGAAUUAAGUUUACAUCAGACAGUGGAGGGCAAGGUGUUUUCUGUCUUCUCAUUUGCCUUGGAGCAUUCGACUUCCAAGGUGGUGAGCAUGUCGGCUACAGACAAAAUCACCCAGUGGCAAGUUCUUGGCUACCAGGGCGCCCUCCUGAGUCACUUCAUUGAACCCAUCUAUGUCCAAAACAUCCUCAUAGGAGAUUCUGGCUGCAAAGAUAUUCGAGGUCUGGAGAUCUGUGUGAGCCAGCGGGUUGAGGGAAUCACUUCUCAGCUGCCCAUUUACUACUGCAUGGAGAGGCCCCAUAUCAGUCUUGUUCCGUCUGCAGCCACCUGUGGGAUUGAUGAAGAUCAUCUGAUAAAUUGCAUUAAUUGGAGUGAAGGAGACAGUUCCUUGGAGGUCGUAGAUGGAUUGGAGGGAAAGACAAUUGAGGAAUCUCCAUUUAAAAGUGGUUCAGAAUUAGCAAGUCGUCUGUGCAAAGCUGCAAUGUUCCACCGUUUCAAGUUGGUUGCCAAGGAGGCGCAAAGGCAAAAUCUGCUGGCCACAAGCUCCUAUAGACAAGCCAAGAGGAUGGCAAAACCAUACCAGGAGGCAAAGACUAUAUUGAGGGAGUACUUGUCACAGCAAGGAUUCGGCUCUUGGCUGGCUAAAUACUCGGUUAGUGAUAACUUUAGCAUGUGAACUUUAUA